AUGGGUGUCCCCAGGGUCUGGAACUGCCACAAGUGUUCCCCAGGGUCUCUGGGGAUUGUCACUGCUGGGUGUGGGGUUGUCAUCCAGUGUCCCCAUGCUCUGGGACCACCAUCACCCCAGGGUGCAGGCACAUCACACAGACAUCCCCAUGCUCCAGGGCCACCAUUGCCCUGGGGUGCAGGUGCAUUGCACAGGUGUCCCCAUGCCCUGAGGCCACCAUCACCCUGGGCAUGGGUGUCACCCGGCGUCCCUGUGUCCUUGCAGCUGUCAGCCAAGGAGCUGCCACGGGGGAAAGGGAAGCAGUAUGUCUUGGUGCAGGCCCGCUUCCCCCAGGCCACCCUGGAGAAAGUGCUGCUAGUGUCACCCCAGAGUGGCCACAUCUUCGUGCAGACUGACAAGCCCAUCUACACCCCUGGCUCCACAGUGCUCUGCCGCCUCUUUGCCCUGGGCCACCACAUGGAUCCCAUUCCCAAGACGAUCAUUGUGGAGAUCAAGACUGCUGAGGGCAUAAUUGUCAAGCAAACGCCUGUCUCCUCGCCCAAGAAGACAGGCAUCUUCUCCCUCAACCACAACCUGCCUGAGGUUGUCAGCCUGGGGACAUGGACAGUGUUGGCCAAAUUUGAAGACUCACCAGAGCAGGUCUUCAGCACCCAAUUUGACGUCAAGGAGUAUGUGCUGCCAAGCUUCGAGGUCAUCCUGGAUCCAGAGGAGAAAUUCCUCUACAUCGAUCGGCAGGAGGAUUUCCACGUGUCCAUCACGGCAAAGUACCUCUAUGGGAAGCGCCUGCACGGCACGGCCUUUGUCCUCUUCGGCGUGAUGGUGGAUGAUGAAAGGAAGAGCAUCCCGCAGUCCCUGCAGAGGGUGCAGAUCACCGAUGGGGACGGGGAAGCCGCGUUGCCCAUGGCCAUGCUGCGGCAACGCUUCAUCAACCCCCAGGAGCUGGUGGGCCACUCACUCUACGUCUCCGUCACUGUUCUCACCGAGUCUGGCAGUGACAUGGUUGAAGCGCAGCACCCGGGCAUCCACAUCGUGACGUCCCCGUACCAGAUCCACUUCACCCGCACACCCAAGUACUUCAAGCCAGGGAUGCCCUUCGAGCUCAUGGUCUACGUCACCAACCCUGAUGAGUCACCAGCUGCGCGCAUCCCCGUCAAAGCCGAUGGCUUCCAGGGCCUCGUGUCCACGCAGAACGAUGGCACUGCCAAGCUCAUCCUUAACAUGCCGGCCAACAAGGCCACCGUUCCAAUCACCGUGCGGACGGUGCAGCCAGGGCUGCCUGAGGGACGCCAGGCCAGCCGCAGCAUGCAAGCCGAGGCGUACCACAGCCAGGGCAACUCCAACAACUUCCUCCACCUGGCUGUGACGGCCACCGAGCUGCAGCCCGGCGACAACCUCCCUGUGAACUUCCACCUCAAGAGCAACAACCCCGCUGUCAACAAUGGCGUCACCUAUUUCACCUACAUCAUCCUGAGCAAGGGGUACAUUGUGCGUGUGGGACGGCAGCGGCGCGAGGCCGGCCAGAGCCUUGUCACCAUGUCGCUGCCCGUGACGGCCAACCUCAUCCCCUCCUUCCGUAUCGUGGCCUACUACCACGUGACGCCAGGGGAGAUCGUUGCCGACUCUGUCUGGGUCGACGUCAAGGACACCUGCAUGGGCACUCUGGUGGUGAAGGGAGCCACAGAGGCGGACAACAGAGUGCACGAGCCAGGGACGCCCAUGCGGCUCAGCAUCGAGGGUGACCACAAGGCCCACGUGGGGCUGGUGGCUGUGGACAAGGGUGUCUUCGUCCUCAACAAGAAGCACAAAUUGACGCAGUCCAAGGUGUGGAACACAGUAGAGCAGAGUGACAUCGGCUGCACUCCAGGCAGUGGGAAGGACAAUGUGGGGGUCUUUGCUGACGCUGGCUUGAGCCUGACCACCAACAUGAAGAUCAAUACACCGCAGCGAGCGGAGGUCCAGUGCCCGAAGCCAGCAAGACGCAGGCGCAGCUCCUUGCAGCUCAUCGAGUACAAGGGCAACAAAGCGGCCGAGUACGAGGAUGGGCAGCUACGGAAGUGCUGUGAGGAUGGCAUGCAGGAGAACCCCAUGGGCCACAGCUGUGAGAAGCGGGCCACCUACAUCCUGGAGGGCAGUGCCUGUGUCAAGGCCUUCCUUAACUGCUGCAACUACAUCAAGACCAUCCGCGAGCAGAAGCAGCGUGACUUGCACCUAGAGCUGGCCCGAAGCGAGGCAGACGACCGCUUCUUGGCCGACGAGGACAUCACCUCACGGACCCUAUUCCCCGAGAGCUGGCUCUGGCAGGUGGAGCAGCUGAUAGAGCCGCCCAAUGAGCUCGGCAUCUCCACGAAGACACUGCCCAUAUACCUGAAGGACUCCAUCACCACCUGGGAGGUCCUGGCUGUCAGCCUCUCUGAGACCAAGGGGCUCUGUGUGGCCAACUCCUACGAGAUCACAGUGAUGAAGGAGUUCUUCAUCGACCUGCGCCUACCCUACUCGGUGGUGAGGAAUGAGCAGGUGGAGAUCCGCGCCAUCCUCUACAACUACUGGGAGCAUGACAUCAAGGUGCGCGUGGAGCUCAUGCAUAACCCGGCCAUCUGCAGCGCCUCCUCCUCCAAGACCCGCUACCAGCAGAUCUUUGUCCUGAAAGCCCAGUCGUCGCGGGUCGUACCCUUCAUCCUCAUACCCUUGCAGCUGGGGCUGCACGACGUCGAGGUCAAGGCAGCCGUGUGGGGCAGCUUCGUGGCUGAUGGUGUAAAGAAGAAGCUCAAAGUUGUGGCUGAAGGGAUGAGACUGGAGAAGACGGUGAAGAUAGUUGAGCUGGACCCAAAGGCACGGGGAAUCAAUGGCGUGCAGGAAGAGAAGGUCUCAGCAGCAAAUAUCUCUGACAUUGUCCCCAACACCGAGUCGGAGACCAAAGUCAGCAUCCAAGGCAACCCUGUGUCCAUCAUUGUGGAGAAAGCCAUCGAUGGGGCCAACCUCAAGCACCUCAUCACGACGCCAUCAGGCUGCGGCGAGCAGAACAUGAUCGGCAUGACGCCCUCUGUCAUCGCCACCCACUACCUGGACAGCACAGAGCAGUGGGAGACAAUUGGUGUUGACCGCCGCGCUGAGGCCAUUGCCUUGAUUAAAAAGGGCUACACCCAGCAACUGGCUUUCCGGAAAAACGACAACUCCUAUGCUGCCUUCAACAACCGGCCAUCAAGCACCUGGUUGACGGCAUAUGUGGCCAAGGUCUUUGCCAUGGCCAUCAAGCUGGUGGACAUUGAGCCUGAGGUGGUGUGUGGGGCCAUCAAAUGGCUCAUCCUGGAGAAGCAGAAGCCAGAUGGGAUUUUCCAGGAGGAUGCUCCUACCAUCCACAAGGAGAUGGUGGGAGGAUAUCAGGGCGCUGAGCCCGAGGUGUCGCUGACGGCCUUCGUCCUCAUCGCACUGCAGGAAGCCCGGGACAUCUGCAAGGACCGUGUCAAUAGCUUGGACGGGAGCAUCAUGAAAGCCUCCGAAUACCUGGCACGGCGGUACCAGUCAUUGGCCAGGCCCUACACGGUGGCCCUGGCCUCCUACGCCCUGGCCCUAGCAGGGAAGCUCAACAGCGAGAAGGUUCUCAUGAAAGUCUCCAAAGAGGGCAACCGCUGGGAGGAACGCAACGCCCACACCUACAACAUUGAGGGCACGUCCUAUGCGCUGUUGGCCCUGCUGCGCAUGGAGAAGACGGAGCUCACGGGGCCUGUAGUCCGCUGGCUCGCCAAGCAGAACUACUUUGGCGGUGGAUACGGCUCCACGCAGGCCACCAUCAUGGUAUUCCAAGCUCUGGCCCAGUACCAGAUGUCCAUGCCACGUGAGCAAGAGCUCAACCUUGACGUGUCACUGCUGCUGCCUCGGCGUGCCAGCCCCAUCAAGUACCGCAUCGAGAACCGCAACGCUCUGGUGGCCCGCUCUGCUGAGACCAAGUGGAAUGAGGACUUCACAGUGAAAGCUGAGGGAGCAGGCAAGGGGACGAUGACAGUGGUGACCGUCUACAAUGCCAGGGUCCCUGAAAAGGACAACAAGUGUGACAGCUUUAACCUGAGGGUACAAGUGGAUGAUGUGAAGACAGGCAAACAACAGGAAGGGGUCAUCCGGUCCGUCAAGAUCACCAUCUGCAUGAGGUAUCUGGAUAAUGUGGAUGCCACCAUGUCCAUCCUCGACGUCUCCAUGCUAACAGGCUUCAACCCUGAUCUCGAAGACCUGAAACGGCUCUCUCAGGGAGUGGACAGGUACAUCUCCAAGUAUGAGAUCGACAAGGCGCCCUCAGACCGCGGCAACCUCAUCAUCUACCUCGACAAGGUGUCCCACCGGGAGGAGGAGUGUCUCACCUUCAAGGCCCACCAGGUUUUCCAGGUGGGGCUGAUCCAGCCCGCGGCCAUCACAAUCUACAGCUACUACAAGAUUGAUGAUCGCUGUACCCGUUUCUACCACCCGGACAAGAACAAGGGGCAGCUGAGCAAGAUCUGCCAUGGGGAUGUGUGCCGCUGCGCUGAAGAAAACUGCUUCGUGCAGCACAAGAAGGACCUCGCCGUCACUGUCAACAAGCGGAUCGAAGAUGCCUGUGAGCCAGGAAUUGACUACGUGUACAAGGCAAGGCUGGUGGAGGUGAAGCAGUUGCCGGCCUACGACAGCUACGUCAUGACCAUCCUCUCUGUCAUCAAGAUGGGCACUGAUGAGGACCCGGCCGGGAGCAACCGGACCUUUGUGAGCCACCAGCAGUGUCGGGACGCACUGCGGCUCGAGUCGGGCAAGGACUACCUCAUCUGGGGGCUCAGCACCGACCUCUGGAGCACCGGUGCCCAGUAAGGAUGUGGGACAUCACGGGGACAAGGGGAUG